AUUGAGUCGAAUACUUCCGUUAAGGCAAUGUAGCAAGUGCCUCAUUCAUCAAGUGAACAUUGCACAGAGAGGUUGAAAAAUGUCGUCUUCCCAGUUCAGCGACAAACCACAAAAUAUUAACUCUGCACAACUCAAUCCUGCUGCUCCCCCCCCUGUCCAGUGGAAUGUUCCUCCAGGUGUCCCUGGAUAUAAUCUAUCUCCUAAUCCUCAGAUGUGGAAUGCCCCUACUGCACAACAGUGGAACCCCCAGGCUCCUCAGCAAUGGAACAAUCCAAUAAUUACUGUUACACCUCAGAUGACCCAGUCAACUAUGUUCCAUCAAGAAUUUCUGAAGGGUAAACCAAAAGCCCUGGGGAUUACCCUAAUCAUUGUGGGCAUCAUACACAUUGGCAUGGGUUUUGGUCAAAUCUUCACAUCAUCCUUAACUGCAAUUUACAGUGGAAUCCCAUUCUGGGGAGCUAUUUUUAACAUCAUUGCAGGGUCUUUGUCGGUGGCAGCUGUGUCAAAGCCUUCCAUGUGUCUGAUAAAAGGCUCCCUGGGCUUGAGCAUUAUGAUAUCCAUUUUCUCAGUUCUUGGAUUGAUACUGAACAUUGUGGAUUUCUUCGUUAGUUAUUAUUGCUAUGAUUAUAAUUAUGGCUAUAUAUAUGGCUAUGAAUGUAAUGGUUUAAUUGUUGGAGGCCAUGUUCUCCGUGGAAUUUUCAUUCUUACAUAUCUGCUGCAGUUUUCCGUUUCCGUUAGUCUUUCUGUGUUUGCCUGUCGGGCCCAAGCGCACUCAAAUUCAACACAACCUGCUCAGGUAUUUGUGAUACAGAACAGUGCUCCAGUUUUUCAACCAUCUGCAGUUUCUGGAUCCUAUCCUACCUACCCGCUUCAACAACCUACCCCUUACAUGACACAAAGCGGGAUGGGUGGUGGACCAACAGUAUACAAGAAUCCUUCAUCUUAAAGAGACGUGACUUUCUUGUAUUUAGAUACUGUAUUGCCCAUUUAUAAAGAUUGUAUAGAAAAGUUGCAAUGGACCUACAGAUCACACUAAGAAAAUACUUGGGAAUCCAGGAUAAUUCAAAUUAUGAUAAUAGAAUUCAAAGAGAUACAGUAAAACUUUGGACUGUGAGCAUCAUUUGUUCCAGAAAUGUGCUUGUAAUCCAAAGCACUCAUGUACAGGUAUAUCAAUGCAAAUUCCCCAUAAGAAAUAAUGGAAACUCAGAUGGUUUGUGCUACAACCGUUUAUUCAUAAGUCCUUCAGUCUAUAGUCCAUAUAAAAAUAUUAUAUCAAUGUGAUUUUGGCUGUGUAAUCAUAAAAUGGCCCUCUACAAAUGGCAACAUCGACAAGGGAAUAAGGAGCUACAGAGUAUAAAAGAGAGGCACCUCUAAGUGUAGCAAUUUGGUUACAUUUAACCACAUCAAUUCUGGGGAAUUCCACCCACUUC